AUGAAAAACAGUGGGAAGCCAUUCAACAAAGGAAAGUUUUCAUCCUCCAAGGGUGAUAGAAAGGAGUUUAAGAAGAAAGAUGGGAAAGAGUUUCAAUCCCCUCAAGGAAUUGUGUGUUAUGAAUGCAAUGGCCAUGGACAUCUCAAGAAGGAGUGUCCCAACUAUUUGAGAGGGCAGGGCAAAGUGUUUGCUACUACCCUUAGUGAUUAUGACAGCUCAAAUUCAAACAUGGAAGGAGAACGUGAUAGUGAAGGAAACUACAGAGUAUUCAUGAAAAUUGCCUCUGUUGAUUCUAAGAAUGAUUUGAGCAAUUUGGUUGAUGAACUUGGUGAUCUUUUCGAAGAUGAGGAAAUUGAAGAAUUGAAAGAUGAAGAUGUGUACCAAAAUGAAGGGGAAAUCAACCUACAAGAAACAUAUGAUUCUCUGCUAGAAGAUUGUGGCAAAUAUGCCAAAGUUGAGAAUCAUGUUGUGAAAAAGAUGAAAAAGGUUGAAGAAGAGCAUAGGUGUAUAGUUAUGCAACACAAGGAAGCAAAGUGUGAAGUGGAAAGACUCAAGGGAGAGUUGGUUGAAGCUUACUCUAAGAUCAAGUUCCUUGAACUUGAAAUUAUCCAAGCUAAUGUCAAGGUCGAGCGCAUCUCCACCAAGAAACUUGACAAUGUGUUGUCCUCUCAAAAAUCUUCACAUGAUAAGACCGGUUUGAGCUAUACUGGAGAAGGAAGUUCGAGCAGCGAACCCAAGAAGGAAGUGAAGUUCGUUUUAGCCAAGAAUAUUGAGAAACUUAAAGAAGUGAAGCCUGAGAUUGAGACCCCUACUGUAGUAAAGAGAACCAUUGGUGCAAAGCCAACAAAAAAAGGGAAGUCAUUGCCCAGAAAUCAAAGGGGGCCUCAAGUAAAGCAUCUAUGUCAUCAUUAUGGCACACAAGGGUAUACCAAGCCUAACUGUUUCAAGCUUCAUGCACUCAAGAAGGCUGAUUACAUGCGUGGUCAAGAAAGUUCAAAGAAAAGACCAAAGGGAGCACAAGCUAAGGGAGAUAGUAAGGAAUGUCUCAUAGGACACGUUAUGGAGAUGUUGAAAAACAUAUCACUGUGGCUUGCUAGCUUCACUCCGAGGUUUGAAAGUUAUGUUGGUCGUACCUCGCCAUCUAAGGCUGUCACCCAACAUACUUGUAAAGAGUGGGUGAAGAAGGGUACUUAUGCAUGA